UUGAUGAGUCCACGUCAUUGUCACACGUAAAGAGAUAAAAUGCAAGUAUACAAAUUAUUAUAAAAGGCACUGAUGCUGCUGAAGUCGCUACAACUGUUGUAUACAAUUAUUAUCUCUCAUCUGCUGAGCAGUAUUUUGAUUUAAAACAUGAAUGCUUGGAAUACUUCUAACGCAAGCUGGGGAGGCAAUGUUUACGCCUCGUAUGCUGAGCGUCAGUUUCUCUCCGCAGCGACUUUCGUCGCUUCUUUCGUCGGUCUCCUGGGAAACCUGGCGGUCAUUUGUGCCAUUCUGACCGUCAAGAAACUGCAGACUACAACCAAUGUCUUCGUCUUCAAUCUCGCUGUGGCCGAUGUGCUCACCUGCACAGUGGCUCCCCUACAAGCCUUGACCAGCUUGAACGAUGAGCUGGUCUUCCCGUUAUGGGUGUGCAAACUCGUUGCGUUUGGUCUCCUCACCUGCAUCGGCUGCAGCAUCAACUGUCUCGUCUGCAUCGCAGUCAACCGUCUUAUUGGCAUCACGACCGCAGCACACAGCGUGUAUCGUAAGCUCCUCACCCCUUGUAAACUCUCCUUUGCACUUAUCCUGACUUGGUUCCCUCCUUUGGUUGUGGCAAUCAUCCCGCUUUUGUCUGAUUACGCAAAAUCCGGUUACGAUCCAAUUUUUUACUCAUGUGCUUGGCAAUCCAGCCGAUCAUACACAUUCACCUACGCCAUGCUGAUUGCUGUUGUGUUUUUCCCAAUCCAAUUCCUCGUCCUCUUCGUCAGUUAUCUAAAAAUCUUUCUCUACGUGAGGAAGACGUCUCGAUCCACGCUCGGACAUGACGGCACCGCUACCACCAACCUGGCACUCCAGAGGCAACUAUGGGAGCGCCAAGUGGCAGUCACCAAAAACCUCUUUCUAGUGGUGUGCGUCUUCCUGCUGUGUCUGAGUCCGUACUUCCUGAUUUUGGCAUUGGUCAAAACUGCAAGUAGCGCCCUCUCCUAUGCGUCCACGAUCCUCGUGGCUAACAGUUCCGUCAAUCCGAUCAUCUACGCAACGAGACAUCCGGACUUUCGCACGGCUUUCGCGGGAAUGGUGCACUGCGGUAGGAAGAGGCGAUCAUCUCAGCCUGUUGUGGCACCUCCUGGCCGAGUCUGUCCCAAAACGAAAACUAAUACUGAUGACAUUGAACUUCAACCCCCCGCAUAAACCUCUAUCAACCUUAUGACAUGCCCCGGCCGGUAGUAUCCGAUUAAUGCGAGUUGGGCUACAUAAGAUCGUCUCUGCUCCAGGGACACCAGCAACCUAUUACUUCAUGUACUUGAACAUCCUUGUACUUUCUUGUGGUUAUCCAGAUCAGCUCGUCACGAUGAUUUCUGCUACACCUGCAUCUUUGCUUU